GCACACACCCAGGAGGGAGAAUGAUAUGUAGAUGUAUUAGUGCUCCCUCUGCUGAAGCUACUUCCGGGAGUACCAAGAUGGCCGAAACAGGAAGUGAUCAUCAAACAGUGCUGCUGACUGAUACAUUGUAUCAGGGAAGUGUGUGAGGUGAGACGGGGUACGUUGUAUGUGCGGUCUGUUGUGUGAAGGGCAGGUGUAAGCAUUAUCAAUGGCUUCCCGCGCAGGACCCCGGGCAGCUGGAACGGACGGAAGUGAUUUUCAGCAUCGAGAAAGGGUGGCCAAUCACUACCAAAUGAGUGUCUCUCUGAAGAAUGAAAUUAAGAAACUGAUCUACGCCCAUGUAAUAAUCUGGGUGCUGCUGGCUGCCCAGAUGUGUGUGGCCCACCUUAAGCUGGUCUCCCAUGAUUUGGUGGCCAUGCCGUACCAGUGGGAGUACCCGUACCUGCUGAGCAUCGUCCCUUCUCUUUUUGGAUUGUUCUCCUUCCCCCGUAACAACAUCAGCUACCUGGUGAUCUCCAUGAUCAGCUCCGGUCUCUUCUCCAUCGCCCCCCUGAUCUACGGCAGCAUGGAAAUGUUCCCCAUGGCUCAGCAGUUAUACCGCCACGGCAAGGCUUACCGCUUUAUCUUCGGCUUCUCCGCCGUCUCCGUCAUGUACUUGGUUAUGGUCCUGGCCGUGCAGGUUCACGGAUGGCAGCUUUACUACAGCAAGAAACUGCUGGACUCUUGGUUCAGCAGCACUCAGGAGAAGAAGAAGAAAUAAGCAGGGGUCUGGAAGGGACAAUAGAGAGAUGAAUCUGCCCAGGUGCAUGGUGUAACUCGUACAUGUAAGAAGAUGACAGCUCCAGACUGCCGAUAUCAUGAGGACGAGUCCCAGGGCAAAAAACCAUGAUUCCCCAAACUUGGUUUUGGUUUAUUUAUAGGUGCAUUCACCACAGAUCAGGCUUGAUGGGUCCAUCCUAUUAGAAGUCAAUACUUUUGUUCUUGUGUCUCCACCAGUCCGUGAUUUCAUUUACUGUUUAAAAGAAAUGUCCAUGUGAAUAUAAUUGAAUGCCUUGUAUGAAAUAAGAACGUUUAAACUUUC